AUGAGAGUACUUAGAUCAGUUAACAACUUCGCAAGAAAACUCUACACAAGGGGACACGACGCCCAUGCUCAUCAUGAGCUUGUGGCCUUAAAUAACGGCCCUCCAUCAAAGAAGGCUGCUCUCAUCUUCCUUGGAUCGCUCACUGUUGUUCCAACAGUUUUAACUUCAUUGUGGUAUAUUACAUACGUGGGAAAUCCAUUCACCCGAGUGGCUCAAAAGAAGGAAUAA